CUAAGAGGAAAAUAAGGACAAUCGGAUCAGAGGAUACCAGUGAAAUAUGACAAAAACAGAAAAAAUUAAAGAUAGACAAGUCGCUUCUACUAUCGAAUAUAUGUAAAUAGGGUGAAAGAUUCAUCAGGGAGUUGUUCUAGCUCCGUUGGUUCCGCACUGUGGAAAGUUAGCCCAGAAUACAGACGUCACCUAUAGGAAACUCAGCUUUUCCAAGUAUUACUGUCAGUUGGUUUCGGCUCGAGGUUACACGUAUUCCUAAAGUGUGCGGUUUCCGUUAGUAAGAAGAUAAUUAGAUGCAAUGAUGCUGUCAAUCGUAAUUUAUCUAUGGGUGGCCGCCGCUUCAAUAUUACCUGCUCAGUCACAUUGCCCCACUUCCCUGACCACCGCCAGUGGAUCCGCUAUUCGAAGGAACGAUGGUUUUUGUUCCGGAGAAUUAAUUUUUGAGGAUAACUUCGACAAACUCAAUUUCAAAUACUGGGAACACGAGAGCACCCUAUCAGGAGAAGGAAAUUCGGAAUUCCAGUGGUAUACCAACAAUCGUUCCAACUCCUACACUGAAAAUGGCAUUCUCCACAUCAAGCCAACUCUCACAUCUGAAAUAUACGGAGAGGCUUUCCUUUCAUCCGGAACAUUGAGUAUUCAGGGUGAUUGUACGAAUGCCGCUGAUUCGGGAUGCGAACGUACUGGGACCCCAAGGAAGAUUAUUAACCCAAUUCGAAGCGCCCGACUCCGUACCUUGAAAUCAUUCAGUUUCAAAUAUGGGCGUGUUGAAGUUAAGGCUAAACUUCCAGCAGGCGAUUGGUUAUGGCCAGCUAUAUGGAUGCUUCCCACAAAUAAUCCUUAUGGAUCAUGGCCAGCAAGCGGUGAAAUCGAUAUUAUGGAAUCUAGAGGUAAUCGUAAUCUGGUUCUAAACGGCGUAGAUUGGGGAACGCAAAGAGUGCAAUCAACUUUGCACUUUGGACCUGCACCACAAUUUCAUUCCUUCGAAACUACCGCUUUCUCAAAAAAUACGGCAAAUGACCAAGGAUACCAUUUAGAUUUCCACCGGUUUCAAUUUGAAUGGUCUCCUGAUCGUAUCGCAUUCAAAAUUGAUGAUGUGGAGGUUGGAACUGUUGACGUUGGAAACGGUUUUUGGGAUCGUGUUGGAUUCGGUGCAAAGUAUCCUGGUCUUGCUAAUCCUUGGAAAGGAGGAGAAAAAUCAGCCCCAUUCGAUCAAGAGUUCCAUCUUAUCAUCAAUUUGGCUGUUGGUGGCGUUGCCUUUUUCCCUGAUAACGUUUCUAAUCCAGACGGAAAACCAUGGCUUAAUACAUCUCCAACAGCGAUAACUGAGUUCUGGGAAGCACGCAAUGCAUGGUUAAAAACGUGGCAUUAUUAUGAUCGGGAAAACACUGACUCGCAUUUCCAAAUCGAUUAUGUUCGAGUUUAUGGUCUGUAAAUUCUUCCCGACAUAUUGGAAUAUAAUCCACCUACCACCAAGA